CCCUUACCACGUAGACACAGAAGAAAGUGUAGACCGUUUGGCCAUGGUAGGAGUACGACCAUCCGAAAAAAUCUUCUGUCCAAGUACAAGGCCAAGAGUCGAUAUGGUAUGUCUUGCUCUGCUGAUACUGCUUGGCAGAAACGUGGAUUUGACAGUCUAACGUCUCAUACAUUCUUUAUGAGUUCUUCAAAGGGGAAGAAGAUUGUAAAGAGCGUCAUCAGCCACCGGCAGUGCUCAACCUGCAACUGGUGGAGACGUCACCGACCUGGCCAGCCACUACGGCAACAUCGCUGUGUACGGAACCACUCCGGUAGUGCCCGUUCUAUGGAGAGUGAAAGUGGAGAGAAAGCUAUACUUGAUCUAGCUAAAGCAGGCACCCCGGUGGAAAUCCUUGAGGUGAUGGUGACAACACUUUAUUGGCCAGACUGAAAAGCAAGCAUGGAAUUAGUCUGAAAAAGAAAUAUGACAAAAACCAUGUGAUCAAAAACUUAGGCAAAAGCUUGUAUGGUUUAACAAAUGAGAAGGGAAUCAAAAUAAGCAAGAUAUCAAUAAGUCAUAUCCAAAAGUGUGUCUCAUAUGCCCUUUCAAAGAAUAGCGGGGACUUACAUGGAUUACAAGAGAAUCUGAGAGCAAUUAUUCCUCAUAACUUCGGUGAUCAUCAGUUAUGUCAGCCAAGGUUUUGUGGUUAUCUAAGGAAUAAAGAUGUAACCUAUGUUCACCGUUCACUACCCUACAAAUCUAGUUUGACUGGUGAGACAUUGAGAAAACGGCUAGAGGACAUUAUGACACCUUUCAUUGCCAAAGCGAGCCAGCUCAUUGAAUUGGGAUCCAGUCAGCAGUGUGAGCACGCCAACCGUGAGGUAUCGCUCAAAGCUCCAAAGAACAUCUACUAUGGCGGGACUGAGGCUUUGACUU